CGGCUCGGCGGGCGCAUGUGUCCCGAGCCGCUUCCCGGCCGGUCUGCGCGCCCCGGCGGCUCCGAGAUGCAGGGCCCGCUGGAGUCGGGCGCACAGUCGUGGGGCGGCCGCGCAGGGCCAGCGGGCGACGGUGCCCUCCGAGAGGCUCCGGGGAGGCGGAGUGGUGACGACGUGGGGUGGGCGAGGACCCGCGCCAGCCUCCUCCUGCGCAGCGGGAAAGCCAGCACCCCCAGGCCCGGCGAGGGCUCCACCUGCACCCCCGGCCUUCGGGACCCCGCGGAACACAGCACCUGGGGGGAGUUCGAAGGCUUCCGGGAGUCUUCUGCAGAGGCCGGGCAGUUCCCUCAGUCCUUUCAGCUCCCGCAGAGACCCGCAGAUCCUCAGCCACCGAGAACCGCUUCCACCCCAGAGGAGUGUGGUUCCCCCACGCUGUGCCAGGGUGGACCUUGGGUGACAGGAGCCGCUGUCGCCCCACCUUCCGAGCCCCUUCUCAGCUAUGAGGACAUUUUUAAGAUUGCUUUUCAAGAAGUAUCAGUUCCACAGGCAACUGAAGAUGUUUCCACCUUACACCAUUUUCUAGAAAUAAGCAGUGAAGAAAAGCCUGGCCUUGAAUCUGUACAUAAAUUUUGUUCUGAAUCUAGAGCCCUGUGGAGAGCCCUUCAGAACACAAAUGCCACGUCCGUGUCACGGUGCCUCUGGAACGGAUCCCACUGCCAGGAAAACUACUUUCUCGUUCUCGGAAUAGACGCUGCUCGGAAGAGCCUUUCUGCAGGCCAGGGCCACGUCGCAGAGGGCUCCGACCUCAAAGAGCCUGAAGGACUCCUUGCUGUCAGCAGCUUCCGUCUCCACCACUGCAAAGCCCUGAUCCAGACCAAGCUCUCAGGGCCGCCCGGCAGCAGACAGGGGGGCCUCAUCACAUACAGCCUCUUCCUGAAGACCCCCUUGUGUGGACACAGGCAGUACAUCACCAUUCCAAGGAAAAAGAAGAUUUUCACUCCACGAAACCUAAAAAUGACAUUCUUUAAUAGUGAUGUUUGCUAAAAACCGGAGUUCUUUGUAACUAUGAAGAAUUACAUUUUCUUACUAAUUUGGUUUGGUCCUGGAAACCAGAACUAUCACGCAGCUGCUUCCCAAGUCCCAAGUCUGCAUCCUGGGCUCUCUCUGGGCGGGGAGCCAUCCUGUGCCUGAAGCUCGCCUCAGGCCUGGUCAGGACACCCACAGGCCCCCGCCUGGUGCAGGUGCCGCCGGGCCUGGUGGGGGCACCUGGGGAUGGACACCUCAGUCAGACUGUGAGCGCAGAGGAGGAUGUUGAAGUGUCAUUGUGGAGAGGCUGCAGUGCCCGGAAGGCCUCUGUCUCACACUCUGCCCCUGCCUCGCAGCCCCGAGGACAGGCCUCUCUCCCGCGUGGACGGGGCCGCACAGCACGACGGGCCGCAGGUUUUUCCUGGCUCUCUGCCCAGGAAACUGUUCUCUUCCAAGGGCAGAGCCAAGCAGUCAGCACUGACUUUUGUAAAAUUUUACUAAAUAAAAUGGCCUGGAUGUGCUUGUU